GCAUCCCUUCCUCCAGACGGGAGGAGUCGUGUCAUCACUUCCGCUUGAGCGCGAGACACCCGAGCGUGCCCCUUCUUGGGUUGAGAUCGCGCGUGCGAAGUAGGUAGGGCAGGUCUCCGCUUUGUUCUCUUCACGAUUUGUGACUCGCUCUACUACAACGACGGUCAAGGACAAAGGACACGGAGACUAAGAUUUUGAAGCUGUAAGGUAUCUACAUGGCCGUCAGAAGAGGACACAUAAGGUAUUUAAAAGUUUGUGAGGUUGAGAACCAGGGUAAUGACAGAGACUCACACAAGAGUGGCAGCUCAGUAAAGCAGGAAGAAUACGACAUGCCGAAUGGUUACGAGGACCACAUGGGCGAUGAGCCGAGUGAUGCAAAAACCAACCUGAUCAUCAACUAUCUGCCCCAGAACAUGAGUCAGGAGGAGCUUCGGAGUCUCUUCAGCAGCAUUGGCGAGGUGGAGUCGGCCAAACUCAUAAGAGACAAGAUGGGAGGAGGUGUGAAGGAAGGCCACAGUUUAGGGUACGGAUUUGUUAACUAUGUUAACCCUAAUGAUGCAGAAAGGGCAAUCAAUACACUCAAUGGCCUGAGACUACAGUCUAAAACUAUCAAGGUGUCGUAUGCCAGGCCGAGCUCUGACAGCAUCAAAGAUGCCAACCUGUACAUCAGCGGUUUACCCAAGACCAUGACUCAGAAGGAUGUAGAGGACAUGUUUACCCAGUACGGGCAUAUCAUAAACUCCCGCAUACUGGUCGAUCAGGCCUCUGGCCUGUCUCGUGGAGUUGCGUUCAUCCGUUUCGAUAAGAGGUCUGAAGCGGAGGAAGCCAUCAAGGAUCUUAAUGGAUCCAAACCAGCUGGUGCCUCUGAACCAAUCACAGUGAAGUUUGCUGCCAGUCCAAACCAGACCAAGAAUUCCCAGCUGAUCUCUCAGCUGUACCCAACUCAGUCCCGUCGGUUUGGAGGACCUGUUCAUCAUCAGGCUCAGCGCUUCAGGUUUUCACCCAUGAGUGUUGACCACAUGAGCGGUGCCUCUGGGAUGAACGUGUCCGGCAGCUCUUCCUCUGGAUGGUGUAUCUUCAUCUACAACUUGGGUCAGGAUGUCGACGAAGGCAUCCUGUGGCAAAUGUUCGGUCCGUUCGGUGCUGUCACCAACGUCAAGGUCAUCCGUGACUUUAACACCAACAAAUGCAAAGGUUUUGGGUUUGUUACCAUGACAAAUUACGAAGAGGCUGCAAUGGCCAUCGCCAGCCUGAACGGAUACCGCAUGGGAGACAGAGUCCUGCAAGUGUCGUUCAAAACCAGCAAGUCUCACAAGUAAAGGGACUUAUUUUUUUUUUUUUUUCAUAAAAGAAUUUAAAAAGUUAAUUGCGGUUUGUUCUAAAGAUUUCAGUUAUUGUUGACUGUCUACAUAAACAUAAU